AUGCUCUGGCGGACCAAGUCCCAGCACAGCCAGGCCUCGGAGCAGGACCUCGCGCGCACCGAGUCAGCGUCCAAGAAUGACCCAUCCGCAGCGGCGACUCAGGCCGCGAGCACGGCGUGGCUGGCGGGCCAUUUGAACCACUUGACGCCGGAGCAGGAGGAGAAGUUUGUCGAGUUUAAGAAUGUUUGUGCGGAGCGCGAGUAUUACACGCCGGCCGUUGAGGCGGCGGAGGGCGUUGAGGCCGCGCCGGCCAGCCACGAUGAUGCGACGAUGCUGCGGUUCUUGCGAGCGCGGAAGUUUGAUGUUGAGGGGGCGUGGGGUCAAUUCAAGGAUACUGAGGAUUGGCGCAAGGAGAAUGCCCUCGAAGAGCUUUAUGCGAAUAUCAACGUGGCCUCGUACGAGACUACUCGGCGGAUGUAUCCGCAAUGGACCGGUCGUCGCGAUCGCCGCGGUAUCCCCGUCUACGUCUUCGAGAUCCGCCACUUGAACUCCAAGGAGAUGGCCGCCUACCAUAAUACCAUGACCACGGGCACGCCCGAGACGCACAAGUCAUCGACCGUUCCUGCGCGCCUACUGCAUUUGUUUACUUUGUACGAGCACCUGCUGAACUUUGUCAUGCCGGUGUGCUCGGCAUUGGCCCGGCCUAACCCCGAGACUCCUAUUGUGGCCUCCACCAAUAUCGUUGAUAUAAGCGGUGUCGGGCUGAAGCAGUUCUGGAACUUGAAGGGCCAUAUGCAGGAUGGUAGUGUUUUGGCCACGGCUCACUAUCCUGAGACGUUGGAUCGUAUUUUCAUUAUCGGCGCACCUAGCUUCUUCCCUACCGUCUGGGGCUGGAUCAAGCGCUGGUUCGACCCUGUCACUGUCUCGAAGAUCUUCAUCCUCUCCGCCGCGGAGGUGGCGCCCACCCUUAACUCUUUCAUGGAACCUACCUCCAUUCCCAAGCAGUACGGCGGUGAACUCGACUGGCAAUGGGGCGACAUGCCCAACCUGGACGAGCCGGCCCAUGAACUCCUCCAGAAUCUGGAGCAGCCCAUAGCAGAGGGCAAGGAGAGGAAGGAGAUCAUCAAGGGUCCCCUCUUGUUCAAGGGUGACAGGAUCGAGGUCCUGGGCAGAGAGGAUGGCAAGGAACGCCGGCAGACCAUCCCUGUACCGGAGGCCAAGGUCCAGCCUCAGGCAGAGCAGGCCGAGACGGUCCAGGCCAACGGCAAUGGUACUGCAGAGCCGGUCAAGGAGACCACCGAGACUGUUGUGAAUGGAGAUGUGGAGACCACGACUGCCCCUGUUGCCGAGAAUGAGAAGACUGGCCUGGAUAAUGUGGCGGUGAACGUCAACCAGGUCGCCAGCCCGGAGGCUCAGGCCACGGCUGCUGCUGCAUAG